AUUUUUUACCACCGUUCCGUAAUAGCAUAUAACUUUUUGACGUUAGCUUGGCGCGCAAUGUUGACGAACCCUCUUGUAGUUCUUUAGUGUCAAUAAUUAACUUAUUUAAUUUUAAUUAGAAUUGGUACGUGUAGUUUUAAAACAAGUUAAUGUAUAACUCUUUGCAUUUGGGUCCAAUAUACCUCAAAAAAUGAGUCACUAGUUCGUUACUUGUAUAUGAAUUCAAUACAUAGUGGUGUAACUACAACCAUAAACAAGGAUCUGCAAUCAAUUACAUUACACGGAAGGCGAAAAUACAUUUAUUUUGUCAAGGAUAAACCAGUUGGAUAGGAAACCCAAGAACAAUGCUCAGAGUAGUUAAAUCGGACCGAAUGCUAGUUUGUCUGUUUGAAAUUCAAACAUUUCAAGCAAGAUAUAUUAUGAAUCAACAAAACAUAAUAAGACACAAGUCUGUGUAAAAAUUAUUCUGCAUGAAGAUUCUUAUUGUUACCCUAUCGAUAACUUGAAUAUUAUAUGUAUCAUUUAAAUUUACUUCAUAAAUCAUGAAGUUACUUGAAAGUUCACGUUUUGAGGCUAUAAACAACGCCCUUUCUAUACAAACAAGUGGCAUUACUAUUUUUGGACGGAUAGAAAGUUAUUCAUGCAAAAUGGUUGCAGCCGAGAAAGUAUUGUAUAAGCGAUUUACAGCAGAUUCUCAUGGGCAUGACCUUCAGGCGUUAUCACCUCCACAAACUUUGGCGGACUUUUCGCCCAACUUUCGUCGAAACAACAGUCAAUCUGGAGAUGAAGGCAUUACUCUUUGUGAUACCAUUUCUAGAAAAACUUUGUUUUAUUUAAUUGCUACUUUAAAUGCGUCUUUUGAGCCAGACUACGAUUUUUCUGAAGCAAAGUCUCAUGAAUUUAGCAAAGAGCCAUCAUUGCAGUGGGUUAUGAACUCAAUCCAUGCAAAUUUAUCGGCAUUAGCGGGAGAUCAGUAUCAAGUUAUACGUCAACCAUUAUGGUCUGCCGUUGAUGACGAAGUGAUCCUAUCAGAAUGUGACAUAUACAGUUAUAAUCCAGAUCUAAGUUGCGAUCCUUUUGGCGAACCAGGCUGCUUGUGGUCAUUUAAUUACUUCUUUUAUAAUAAGAAAUUAAAACGAAUUGUUUUUUUUACAAGUCGAGCAGUGAAUUCUCUAUACGCCGGUGAAACCUCCGACUUUUCGAUGGAAGAGGAAGUCUACUGAGACAGUGUUUAAUUGGAGAUGCCAAAAUGUUUUAAGCUGUUAUUACAUUUUACAGCUUCUCUUUUAUUAUUAAACGUAUCUUUAACGUAUCAAGUAUCAAGUACUUUCACUUUAUCAAGUACUUCACCUCAUUAAAUCAUUUGAUAAACGAGGAAGCUAAAUACAAAGUAAAUUGUAGUAUAGUAAAUCUAAAAAUGUAUCAGAAAUCUCA